GUGCGAUCCGUCGUUCUACAGAAGAAGACGAAGAAGAAGAAGAAGAAGAAAAAAAAAGAAGCGGAGCCUGAGAGCGACGCUAGCGGACUCCUGCAGCUGAUGUACCGCUGGCCCGAAAAUGGAGAGCGACACCGCUGUCAGGAGAAUAAAACAAAUCGGGACACUGAGUUAUGUACCGGGAGAUGACGACGGCUCCCGGGACCGGUGCGGGGACAACGGCUACAACGGUGACGCGAAGAGGAAACCCGAAGUGAGCUUGUACUUGCUGCGGGAAGGGCUGGCUGCCUCCCUGGUGUCUGUGUUUAUUUUGGUGCUGUGGGGACUUGUUCAUUUGUCGUUACAGCAGCUCGUCAUUGGAAAGCCGAGUGGCGACUUCAACGCGGUGAGAGCCAGACGGCACUUGGAGCAGAUCACCAGCGUGGGCCCUCGGCCGGUGGGCAGCCAGGAGAAUGAAGUACUGACAGUGGGCUACUUAUUGGAGCAGAUUGAGAAGAUCCGGGUGGAGACAGCAGCGGGUCCACAUCAGCUCACAGUGGAUGUGCAGCGACCCACCGGCUCUUUCUCUAUUGACUUUCUCGGAGGCUUCACCAGCUUCUAUGACCGAGUCACCAAUAUUGCCGUCAGGCUGGAGCCCAAGGAUGGGGCGCAGCAUCUCAUGCUGGCCAACUGCCACUUUGACACAGUGGCCAACAGUCCAGGUGCCAGUGAUGAUGCAGUGAGCUGUGCAGUAAUGCUGGAAGUCCUCCAUUCUCUGGCCAACCAGUCUACUCCUCUUCACCAUGGUGUUGUCUUCCUCUUCAAUGGAGCUGAGGAAAAUAUCCUGCAGGCCAGUCAUGGUUUCAUUACUCAACAUCCGUGGGCCAAGCAAGUGAGAGCCUUCAUUAACUUGGAGGCUGCAGGUGUUGGGGGCAAGGAGGUUGUUUUCCAGACAGGUCCAGAGAACCCGUGGCUGGUUCAGGCGUACGUUAAUGCAGCAAAACACCCCUUCGCCUCUGUUGUCGGCCAGGAAGUCUUUCAGAGUGGCAUCAUCCCCUCUGACACCGACUUCCGCAUCUACAGGGACUUUGGUAACAUCCCAGGCAUUGAUCUGGCUUUCAUUGAGAACGGUUUCAUCUACCAUACAAAGUAUGACACUGCGGACAGAAUCCUGACAGACUCGAUACAGCGAGCCGGCGACAACAUCCUGGCGGUCCUGAAGUACCUGGCAAUGUCGGAGAAGUUGGCAGAUUCCUCAGAGUAUCGUCAUGGCAACAUGGUAUUUUUUGACCUGUUAGGGGUAGUCGUGGUGGCUUACCCAGCUCGCGUCGGCACCAUCCUCAACUACAUGGUGGCUGCAGCUACCUUCCUUUAUCUGGCCAAGAAAGCCUCGCUCCCUGGCAAUGGGGGUGGUCGCUACGUGCGAGACUUGGCCUUUGCCACAGGUGUAGCGGUGCUGAGCUGGUUCGUCACUCUGCUGUCAGUGCUGAUCGUAGCUCUGCUCGUCACUCUGCUGGGCCGCUCCAUGUUUUGGUACAACCACUUCUAUGCCUCCAUCUGCCUGUACGGAGCUGCCUCCACUGGCAAGAUGAUCCUUGUACAUACGCUGGCCAAGAACCUUUACUACGGGGGUGUCCGUCUAGUGGAACUGGGUGAUCUCUACUUCGAUGUGAGCUUGCUGCUGUGGUGCUGUAGCCUGGUGUGGUUGACCCAGCGGGACCUGUGCUCAGCCUACGUACCCAUGCUGAUGGUGGCCUUUCCUCUGGCCACCAGACUGCUACUAGCUAAGGAAUUUAAACACAGAGGAGCAUCAGUGAAGUACAGUGUGCUCUAUUUGUUGGGUCUGGCGUUGCCAUACAUCCACUUCAUGUUCCUCAUCUGGGUGGUCUUUGAGAUUUUCACACCCAUCAUGGGUCGCAGCGGCACGGAGAUACCCCCAGAAAUAGUCCUGGCCACCCUCGUCACCCUGGCAACCAUUUUCCUGUCCUCUUUUUUCCUUCAUUUCAUCUAUUUGGUACGGAGCACUAAGUGGAUCCUGGCGGGUCUGGGCUCAGUCUUCAUUGUCAUGUUCCUGUUGGUGUCCAGCAGUGUCUUCUUUCCUUAUUCAGACGAUCCAGACAGUCCACGACCAAAACGAGUCUUCCUACAGCAUACAACACGGACCUUCCACAAUCUUGAGGGCCAGGUAGAGAGUCGAGACUCAGGUCUUUGGAUCAACAGUUUUGACUACACAGGCAUGCAGCACGUCACACCCCACAUCCCUGACAUCAACGACAGUGUUCGAACCCACUGCCGAGAGGACCGACCCUUCUGCGGUUACCCCUGGUACCUGCCGGUGAAGUUCCUCAGCAAGAAGAACUGGUACCUUCCUGCUCCAGAAGUGUCUCCUAGCUCUCCGCUGGAGUUCAGCCUGCUGUCCAAAGAGGAGACCAGCUGGGGAACCAUCAAGAUGACGUUCAGUGUCAAAGGCCCAAGCCACAUGUCCCUGUACCUGAUGCCUCACCGAGGAGCCAGCCUCUCCACCUGGUCCUUUGGGGAUGGGACACCCCAGUUUGACCUGAGUGGAGAAUAUUUCGUCUUCUAUUCCCAUGGCCUCGACGCCCCAACGUGGACCUUCUGGUUUGAAAUACAGCCUCCCAGAGACCCGGACCCAUCGGGCCCUGAGGGAAUAAUCUCGGUUGCCAUCUCCGCUCACUAUUUCUUUGGGAAAGACCAGAGGACUGCUCAGCUGGAGGAAAUUCUCAGCAGGUUCCCCACGUGGGCUUUUCCUUCAUCUUGGGUCAGUACCUACGACAUGUACCGAUACUGAGGUUCCAACACUCACACUGCAGAGGCUGACGCUGAGGAGAGCUGAGGGCUACAGGGGCCCCCCCCCAAGACAGACAGACAGACAGACAGACAGAAGCGAUUUCAAGGGACAAUACUGAGAACUGGCCCUGCUGCCUUCUCACUCUGGCACAAACACGCACAACAACACACACUCACACACGCUGCCUCCCAGCCUGCCUGAGAGACCCCCAUCACUGUGUCAGUAGGCUUAGUACUGUAGCUAACCAAGCAGGAAGACACGUCGAGGCGUGCCAGAGCUGAGCUGACCAGCUUACAGACUGACUAACUCACUGACCGACGCACCGGCCACUACAAGCCUCGUGCUCACUCCUGGGUUACUGAAACAAAGGGGUUACGUUUCUUUUUUGUUUUUUUUUGUUUUUUUUGUACUCAAUCUUUCGUGCCUUUGCUUUACUCACUCCAUCUCACUCCCCUCCCUGCUCUUUCUCUCUCUCGCCAACUUCCUCCGCCCUGUUCUUCCUCUCUCAUGCUAACACUCUUCCUGAAUGAAUAACGUCGCAUGACUACCUCUCCCUGCUCUCUCUUUUCAUCAGCAAACCACUCGGGCCGUUCUCAGACUAGAUGUUUCUCCGGCUUCCUCAGCAAAAAUUAACACCACCACUAACUAUCUGCACUGUAGUUGUAGCGGAAUACCAAUGGAUCUGCUCAGGAGGGCAAACAAAGAUCUGCUUUUUUGUUUCAACCCCUCUUCUGACUUUAACUGGAAACUUUGACACUUUGAAAGUCACUUUUUUCAACACCACUUGUUGUACUAUGAGCAAAUUUUUUUCUACUAGCUAAUCAGUUAACUGUGAAGUUGCUCAUCAUGAUUCCUCACUAAGACCCUUGAUCUGCAGCACAUAAUGCUCCUGAGUUUCAAUGAGGAAUGCCAACAAUCUGCUGUGAUUGUCAGAGAUGCAAAAGCAGAUAAAUGUGCCUGUUAAUUGAAAAGAGAAAAAAAGAAAAGCUGGCUAAAAUCAAAAUGUCAAAGUGUCCCUGAAAAUAGUAAGAUUUUGCUCAAAGGGGAGUACUGUCUUUUUCCUAUUCAGCCAAACCUCAUGUCUUUCUGUUAAAGCUUGACAAACACCACAACUGGGAAGCGAAGACUUGCAGCACUCAAAAAAAAAAAACGUCCUGUGAUUUAAAACGGUUCCCGAGCCUUUGAGGGGGGGAACGGGUGGGAAACCAGCAAUGCAAAUCCACACUCAUUAACAGCGUCGGCGUAGAAACACUUUGAUGUGAAGCAGAGCGUACUGACGGUGAUCUACAUCUGCUGUUACUGUAAUAGUAUUUGGAUCUGUGCUGUGAGCUGUGAGCCGUCUCCAGCAGCACCAAUAAUCUUUUAUGUAAUGACAGAAAAAAGGAUCCAGAGUCCAUAAGACUCAACAUGUUGGCUGCAGAUAGAGAGAAGUUAAGCAGAACUUGGUGCAUUUUCAGUCAGUUGUACUAUUAAAACAAAACGGGAAUAGCAUGUGUGGCUACAUUUGAAAUUUGUCCUGAAGAAAGCAGCUAUUGCUUUUAAAUACCUUUUUUAUGGGUAAGAACUAUGUAGUUAUAUACAAUUAUAUGGAAAAUAGACAGUUUUUUAAUUGGUUUACUUCCAAUUAAUUAAUCCUAACUGAUUCCCAGCUGUGAUAUUAGUAUAUUAUUCUAGCAUGCCAUGUAACACAUAAGGAGAAUAAGGCUUUCAAUGAUAAAUGGAAAUGAGCGUUGGUUUAAAUGAUGCUUUUAUACAAAGCAAAUUCCUAUUUUCCUGAUUAUUGGCACCAAAUUACAAAGUUCUCUUCAGGAUGUUAUUAGAAAAUUACUGAGCCAUAACAUGUUGCCAAAAACAUUUACAUACAGAUGGUUUUAGGGUAAGAUCUGAAAUGCUGCUGCAUAGAGAAACUGUUAAAUAGCUAGAAUGAGAAAAUGAUGCCAGAGGUUAAGGAGGAGGAUCCAGCCAAUGUGGGGCCAUUACAGUUCUGACUUGACUUUUCUCUACUCUCAGUUCUCCUGAAACACGUACGUUAUAUCUAAAGACUGUAAGAUUAGGAGUCGACGCUGCCGAGGACAGCUUAGUGUCAGCUGUCGUCCGCUCUCAUUUUUGUGGUGCAUGUCGCUAAUAUUUCGCUCAUCUCACGUGGAGCUGCAGCUUGUCGUCUAGAGCUCAAGUAUCGCAGCCGGUUAGUCCAGUUAGUACAGUAUGACCUGUGUCUGCUUCACAUAGUGGACCCCGUUGUUACAGUUUAGUUUCACCACUACCUCUACAAUAAUCUAAACUUACAGAGAUAACGGUUAUUAACGUUCUCACAAAGACUUGUUUGAAUGUUAUCGUUGGAAGAUUUAAAUAAUAUAUAUAUAUACGGUUGAAAAGUGAGAGAGAUUGUGAUGUUCUUUAAAGCAUGUUUAUCUGAGGGCUACCUCUCCUAUAGAUGUAUCUAAAGAGGUCUGUUUCCAUCGUGUUUGAUAGAUGAAUUGCAUCGCUACAGUCAGGAUGAGCGUCCCCCCGUCCUGCCUUCAGUCCCACACACUGAUGAAUUCCAUUAAAACACACAAUAAUGUCACAUUGUUGCUUGCUGGCAUUUUGACCCCUUUUUAUAUAUAAUCAAAGGUUGGAUCAGGUUGUAAAAACUUGGGAGAUUUUUUUUUUUUUUUUUUUGCACUCGGGAGAUGAACUGAGCAAAAACCACCUUGUGUCUCUUGUCACCCAGCGACGCGUCCCUGUGAUCCCUGUGAUCCAUGUCCAAAGAGACACAACAUGUUUACUGUGCAACACGGACACAAACAUCUCAGUGGUCUUAAAAAACGCUAUCUAAGUGCCGCACCGUGCAGACUUUGUAUGUAUGUAUGUAUGUAUGUAUGCAAAUCGUCCGUCUGUCGGGAAUCACAGCCUUCAGUAGCACUCGGCAAUUUGAAAAACAGAUUGUCCUUCUAUGCUCUUUUCUUUUUAUGCAUGAUGUGUCAAACGGGAUGAGCAAAACAGAGGGAAAUCACAGCGGAUUGAACUCAAGUUGGUGGGUUUAUAGCCAAAUGAGCCAGAUGACAAAAACGAUAUCACCCCAAGUUCAUCUAAGUGGCCAACAUUAAUGAGAAGUCUGUGUAGAGUUGAUUAAAAAAUGGAAAUUCAUCUGCUGAGGAAGAUCAUGUGAUUCGAUCAAAAGCUCCAAAGUCAAAAAGACUAGCAAAAAAAACGACAUAUAUAUAUAUACAAGAUAUUUGUUAUUGGUUGGUGAAGAUGUCGGUGUGUACAGUUUGAUUUGCAUAUCUUAUGACAAUGAACAGAUACUCUCCUCUAUACCUGAUGGAAAAUUACUCAGCAAUAGCUAGCAGUAUUUUGUAAAUUGGUUAAAACAUCAGUAUGGUCCUUUAAUAUAUUCAAUAACUCCUGCCUCUGUACCAGAUGCUGCUGCAUUAACUCUGUCCUGCUCAACAGCUGUUUAGUAAUGGAGUCAUUGUGAAAAGCAGCAGAUAGAGAAACACUAUCAGACUGACCAAGUGUUUCCUUUUGUGAUCAGUCACCUCGCUCGUUUCCUUUUGAGGUUUUAACUGGCAUUUUUAUUGUGUUUUGUUGUCCAUCAGUAGACUAUGGUAGGUAAUGGUUAAUCAAUUAACAGGGCUGUGGACGGAGCAGGAAAUGAUGUGUGUUAGACAUGAACCACACAGGAAAAAAAUCAGUCUCUUCUUUUUUAAUGAAGAAAAAUGAUCAGCUUCUGAAAUGUUUAUAUUUUGUCCUGAAAAGAUCAAACUGACGUCACAGUGAAGUCAUGUGUGAUGGAUUUAAGUCUGUGCUUGAGUUGAUAUUCAGAGCGUCUAAUGGGAGAAAAAAGCUUUAUUAACAAAUGUAAAUGAAUAUUUUUCUAACAAUCUGUUGUGAAGUGGGAUCGUCUUUGAUUUUUCUGUGGGAGACUUGAAGGAAAGCAAAGAAAUGGAAAAUUGAGUUUUGUGUAGUAAACUUUAAAAAAAAAAAAAAAAAAAGAAAAGUCUUCAGCUUGUUCAUGUGGCAGAAUUUAUAGGAUUUGUGUUUAUAGUUAUAACAUUAAGUGGGAUGAUAGUUGAAUAACAAAAA